AUGAAUAUCCGAUCACACGAUGUGGAUGGUAUUGCAGCCUCGAAAGGGUUUGCACAGUUCGGUACUACACAACCAACGAAUGGAAAUAGCGUCGCUUAUACUCGUAGCAAUCGCCCACGGGCAUCGGAGAUGUAUGCCAGUUCUGCACAGCAGUACGGAACAUCGAACGCCGCAACCCGUCCAGAGCCACACAUGGAGAGCUGGGAACAGCGCUUAGCUGAAAUUAGGAGAGCCAGAGAGGAACGAGGACCAGGUAAUCUAUGCUUCAUUCUUAAACGGUUCAAUAUCUAA